AUGACGUCCGAAAAAAAGAAGAUGUUCCCAUUGUUUAAUUUGGUUGUUAAAAAACAAAAAUGCUCUGAAGAGCCACCAGUUAGCUUUGCUUUUCCAGUACAAUUAGAAGGCAAUCGAACCCGUAAAUUUCAACAUAAAUAUUUACAACUGUUUCCUUGGUUAGCUUAUAGCAAAGAUAAACAAGGAGCUUUUUGUAAAUGGUGUGUUAUUUUUGCAAAUUCUGGUGGAGGAGUUGGCAACCAGCCUCUUGGUAAACUAGUUAAAAUACCAAUGGUCAAAUAUAAGCAUUGUCUGACUGAUUUAAAGAAUCAUGCCAAGACUGAAUAUCAUCUUCUUUCAGCACAGAGGGCUAAUGAUUUUUUGCAUAACUAUAAAACUGGAAAUGAAAAAGCUGUUAAUGUACUUCUUGACAACCGUAAUAGGCAAGUUAUUGAAUAUAAUCGCAAACGACUCAUACCUAUAGUAAAAACAAUUAUAUUCUGUGCACAAAAUAAUUUAGCUCUACGUGGUCACCGAGAAAUAGGGUCAAUGAAAGAUAAUGACACAAGAGAAAAAUGUUUGAGUGGAGAACAAGGAAUUUUUCGUGCCUUACUAUCUUAUAGAAUUGAAUCUGGCGAUUCAGAUCUUUUAACUCAUUUAGAAACUUCCAAAAAAAAUUGUACUAUGAUUAGUCCUACCAUACAAAAUGAAAUUAUUGAAGCAAUUAGGCUCGUUAUUCAAAAUAAAAUUGUUGAAAGAGUUAAAACUUCUAAAUUUUAUUCUAUACUUUGUGAUGAAACCACCGAUGUCAGUACAGUAGAGCAACUUAAUUUAUGUGUUCGGUAUGUAGAUGUACGUAACUGUGUAAUCCGUGAAGACUUCUUAGGUUUUAUCAAAAUGGAAUCAACAACAGGAAUUGCUAUAGCGACUGCAAUUCAAAAUGAAUUAGAAAAUAUAGGUCUCACAUUUGAAAACCUUCGUGGGCAAGGUUAUGACGGAAGUUCUAACAUGUCAGGUGUUAAUAACGGUGUACAAUCAUUAAUUUUAAAAAAACAACCAUUAGCUUUUUAUACGCAUUGUUUAAGUCAUUGUCUUAACUUAUGUCUGUCUAAAGCUUGUAAUGUACCUGCAAUAAAAAAUAUGAUGGGAACCAUUCAAUCUGUUUCUAGUUUUUUUUCUAACUCUGCAAAACGAACAGAAAAACUUAAGUCUGUUAUAGAAAGUACUGAAAUUUCAGAAUCUAAUGAAUCCAGUUUAAUUAAAAAAAAAAAACUUAAAACUAUCUGUGAAACCCGAUGGGUUGAAAGGCACACAGCUUUAAUGACUUUUAAAGAAUUAUAUGUGUAUAUUGUUACUGCAUUAGAAGAAAUAAAAUGUGGAGAUUCAAGCAGAGAAACAUCAAGUUUGGCUACAAUGUUAGAGUGUGCUAUAACAAAAAGUGAAUUUUUAGUUGCGUUAGAAGUGGCAGUUACUUGUUUUUCUUACACAAUAAAAUUGAGUCAAAUUUUACAGAGUAAAAAACAAGAUUUGUCAAAAGCUUUAGCUGAUGUCACUGUAGUAAAGGGAGGUUUAGAAGCUGUUCGUGAAGAUGUUGACAGCUAUUUCAAAGAUAUAUUUAAUGAAGUGACUUCAAUUGCUAGCAAACAAUUGAAAGAAGUCAUAGCACUUGAAGGGUUAAUCCCUGCCAAUUUUAGUGCAUACAAUAAUGACUCCAUAUUAAGAGCUGCAUCACUGUAUGAAAAUGAUCUUCAUGAAAAUGCUUUAAUAAACCUAAAAGCAGAAUUAACUAUGUGGCGAAACCAGUGGAAAGACAGUACAGCAGAAAAACCAGAGUCAGCUUUGGAAGCUUUAUGUUAUUGUACAAAUGUAUUACCUAAUAUAAAGUUACUACUCCAAUUAUUUGCAACUUUACCGGUUACAUCAGCGACACCAGAACGCACAUUUUCAACUCUUAAAUUAUUGAAGAAUUAUUUAAGAUCAACAAUGAACGAAGAAAGACUUAAUGGGUUAGCUAUGGCAAAAAUAAACAAAUCUGAAAAAAUCACAGAAGAAGAACUUCUGGACAUUGGUGUCAAUAAUGCAUGGCUUUUAUAUAGAAGACAUUAUUCACAAUUGAAUAAUAACCAACAAGGAACCCUACAACUUAAACAUUUCCGAUAUGAAAUCGCAAAAUCACUUCUAGCGCAAUCAAGUGUUGGUCGACCAUCAACUAACCUAAUAUUAUCAAAACGUAAACGCAAAGCCAUGCCAAUAGAGGCCCCAUCAAAAGAAAGUCGUUUGGAUAAUACAGAUCAUUUUCCAAUGUAUAAUACAAAAGGACGUUGUACAUACUGCACUAAAGGUCAAACGGUUUUUAGUUGUUCUUAA